GAAUAUCAAUGAAAUCAAUAUCAUACUAUGCUAUACUAUCAUUCCCCUACCCAGCUAACAAUCAGCUAAACCGCAAAAAGGAUGGUACAGCAGCUGGAGCUUGCUUUCUACUAUGGAUACCUCACGAUAAGAACUGCGCAUGUACCACAACCAUACCUCAAAUACUGCAAAAUCCCAUCGCGUUCUGGGUAUCUGAAGCUGUGAAAUAUAUCCUCUCGGGCUUGCAGAUAAGUUCUUUUAACCAACCAGACUUUUCCAUGCUUACGAUAAGGGCUAUUUGAAUUCUACCCAGACUCUCAACUCAAACAUCAGAAAAUCGCAGCAUUAUUGCGCAAAGGAAGCCGACAGAAUCAAUCCCCCUAAACUUGGAAGAAACAUCAAAUAAACCCAUCAACUAUUAUCCAACCUCAUUGAAAUGUCCCGACGCAACUCAGACAUUUCCGAACAUGCUCCUCUAAUCCGCGCCUCGUCCCAACCCAUAUCCAUAACCUCUGAACUCCCCUAUCACCACACUCCUCGUCUCUCCUUUUCUCGGCGACUCUCAAAUGGCUAUCGAAAGUCUCGAGGUUAUGUGAGAAGCUUCUUAUCCACUCGCGGUCAACAUUACACCGUUCUUCUACUCGUCGCAUGCGAUUUAAUUGGUAUUUUCGCAGAUAUCGUUAUAAAUCUCUAUCAAUGUGAUAAUGAUAAGGAAGGCAAGACCGAUCCAAUCUGGAAUGAGGUGAGAGUUGGUUUGGGAAUCGCUGGAUUGGUAUUCAGUUGUUUGUUCAUGUUGGAAUUGAUUGCUAGCGUUUGGGCUUUUGGUUGGAGGUGCGUAUUUUCUAUCAUUUUACACUGUUUGGAUAUAGGGAUAUAUACGGAGGUGUAAAGGGGCUUAGACGGUGUGCAAAUCACUGAAAAGUCUGGCUGGAAAACCGCUUUCUUUAAGGGACUUAGUUGAUCCCCCUCAGCAAACUACGACGCCAAUCUUCCAUUCCACAUGUCCAAAUGCUAUCUUCCUGAGUCUUUCCUUGCAUCUUCUUUUAUGUGUUACUAUUUGUUUCACCUUAAGUCGUUCUCUAGGAUUUUAUACUCCUCUGUGGAUGUCGUCACCUAAGCUAACAAAUCAUCCUCAGCUAUUUCCGCAGUAAAUUCCACUGCUUUGAUGCCACUGUUAUUGUUGCAGGGUUCGUCGGUAUGUACCAAUUUCACAUCUCAUUCAAACUCAUUGUACCAUUACAUCCCUAUUCCACAUUCCACCUGACCUCCCCCAACUAACCCUCUUUCCAAAUAGUCGAUGUACUACUCCACGGUAUUGUUGAAGAAGUCGCCUCCCUUGUGAUCGUCCUCCGUCUCUGGCGUUUCUUCAAAAUCAUCGAAGAGUUCAGCGUAGGCGCCCAGGAACAAAUGGAUGUACUGGAAGAAAGAAUUGAACAGCUUGAGAUGGAAAACAAACAGUUGAAGAAAGAGCUCAGAAAGAGAAAUGGUGGUGAUAGUGAUGAGGAUUUGGAGAAUGGAGAAAGAACAAGAUAAUAGGAAUAUUUUAAUGAUAGAAUGAAUGAUGAUGAUGAAGUAGAAAUGAAGAUGAAUGUAUGUAUGUAUACAUUGAAUUGAAUUGUAAGUAUAUCUCAGAGCAGACCAUUCCCAGACUAAGAAGAAAUACCUCUU